CAUGCGUUCUGUAGAUGUGCUGUAGAGUGGGUGUUGUGCACUUAUAAACGCAGAAGUCUGAAUUCAAAUAUUUUAAGGUAAUAUUUAAAUUGUGCACCAUUAACACAUUUGACAGGGCAACUUUCAGAACAAAAUGUCGUUUUGUUCUUUUUUCGGGAAGGAGGUGUACAAAGAUCACUUUAAACCAGGAAUAUAUGUGUGUUCCCAAUGUGAACACCAACUGUUUUCAAGCAGGACCAAAUAUGAACAUUCCUCACCCUGGCCAGCCUUUACAGAGACCAUCCUUGAGGACAGUGUAACUAAAGUAAUGGAGACCCCAAAAGCCUAUAAGGUUCUGUGUGGCAAGUGUGGCAAUGGACUAGGCCAUGAGUUCCUAAAUGACGGCCCACAGGAAGGCGUGUCACGCUUCUGAAUUUUCAGUCACUCGCUGAAGUUUGUCCCAAAGGAAAAAGCAGACAAAUACUAAUGCGAGAAUGGAGGUCUGUGAUGCUCUGUAGCUGCUGGUAAUCACACAUUAAGCAGAUGCGCAGUUCAUGAAGUGGACAGGGGAAAAAUCCUGCAGGAGAGCCUGUGCACGGAUGGCCAUGCUGCUCUUUAACUUUCUGCUACAGCUGUAUUAAAAUCAUGUCAUAAAACAGAUAUGCAAUUUUGAAAACCUUUAAUAAAGAGAAAUUUAUUUACGUUGUUAAACCUAUAUGCUUUAUACAAAUGAUCUGAUUAAUAAAUGAUUGCUUGUC